GGUCCUCGUCGGAGGAGGAGGAGCGGCGGUGGAGAGAGAGAAGAGGUGAGCUCGCUCGUGCGCGCCUCCUCAUUUUCAGCUUCGAGCGAGCGCAGCACGACGCCAAGAUAACCGCGGAGGAAGCUGCACGAAACAAGAGCCGCGUGAGGCCGGAGCAUCCCGCCGGGGUCCGAAGCGGAAGGAUUUGGCACCCCGACCGACUCGGGUCGGCGCCGCUGCCAUCAAGUGGAUGAAUGCCUGAAGAAUGGAUUCCCUCACCGCCUCGUAACCGUUAGACUCGAAAGACAAUGGGUGUCAAGUGUCGUAUAGAAGACAAGAUGAGACCUUCAAGCCUGUGGAGUUUGGCCUGGUUUGAGGCUUCCUGAACUUCAUUGCCAUUCAUGGAUGUCAUUUAAGGCGUCCCAGCGUUCAGUCCUCCAGCCCCGCCAUGGUGAUGUCCCGGGGCACGUCCACCUUCCUGGCCUGUUUCGCCGGCUUCUGGUUGGUGUGGGCCUUGGUGGUCAUGCUGUGCUGUUUCUGCAGCGUCCUGCAGCGUCGCCUCAAGCGGCGCGACGAGGCUCGCCUGAGGGAGCGCCGCCUCCGGACGGUGGAGACGGAGACGCCGGGAUGUCCCGCCGUCCCGGUUUCGGUACCUCUUCCGCAGUCGCCCCUGGCAUCGAUACCGCCGGUGCCGUCGCCGCCCCGGCAACCAAUACCGCGGGACCCGCCGGCUUUCUCGCCGCCACCUGUUCCGCUUCAGGUCUCUCACCCCUUGCCGGAAGCAAACUGGGUUAGCAUGCCGGAAGCAGAUCUGCUCGAGAACCCGCCCUGUUACGAGGAGGCGGUGCUGAUGGAGGACCCUCCGCCGCCAUACGCCGAAGUCCUGGUAGAACCACGAGGGGGCGGCGGCUACUCCAAACUCGCACCGCUUCGGCCCGCGCCCUCCUCUCUCCGGGACCACCAGGACCCGAGCGCAGAGACACGCAAGACCCCUCCGCAGAGGUCGGCGAGGUCUUGCGUGUUCCCCGAACGGGGUUACUCCUCCCUCAUCCGUUUGCCUUCAUCACAACGCUGGGACACGCUGGGCCACCUCCUCGCCAACGUGGACCUGAAGCCGUUCAACCCGUACGGCCCGGUGCCACCGGGCGUCGCCACGGCAACAAUGCCCCGUCGCGAGCCCAGGACUGGAGGCGAUGGAAGGCGAGGGCGGGGACUACAGGUCGGGUUCUCUGGGGGGAUCGGGGGCCAUGGGACACGAGGACUGGAGCACAGUUGUGGUCUCCCAGCAGCGUUCCCCCUAUUGGGGCGCAGCACCGCCGUCUAGGAUUGGGGUUCUCAAACUUUUUGGGUCCGGGGACCCCUCACAAGUGACAAUUUAGGGGCCAAACCCUGCCAUGCCAUAAAAAGCUAAAAUCUGCAAUUAAAGUUUGUAUUUGCUUAUGGAUGCCACAAGAUGGCGAUAAUACACUUUUUUUUUUUUUUUAACUAAAGCUAUUCAUUUCUAUAUUAAGGUCUCCUCCUCUGAGUUCAACAUAGUUCGUUGGCGAUUGAAUGUAAUUUUGUCCACAUUCACAUUAGUGAUCAUUAAACUACCAAAUGCUGCACAAGUUAAGCAUUUCCGGUCGGAACACCAAAACACAAAAUCUACUCCUACAAUUAGCUUUUCAAUGAGUCAUGCACGCAUCUUAUUUCAUCACACAAUUCCACGAAGCCAUCAAAAGCUAUUCAGUGAUAAAAUGAUUCACGGCAUCCUUACCUGUCACUCGUCAGGUGUGUGAAUGACAAUCAGCUGAUUCCAACGCGACGUUCCUCGUGGCAAUCCCUGUCCAAAUACGUCCAGCGAUGCAUACUUGCUAAACUUGCAAACAGUAUAGAACAAGCAGUCCAUUUAUUUUGUCCAUAUUCGAUCAUAAAAACAAAUCUUGGAGUAGUUGAGAGCACACGCGGCCGCGACCUGUUGCGUCAACAGCAGUAAA